UGAAGUCCCAAAAAAAAAAAAAAAAGUAAAUAUUGGAAAAGAAAACGAACUUGAAAUUCUCCUAUUGAGUCCACACUUCUUCCCCCCUCUCUCUAAGGAAAUUUCUUAAUUACUUUCUCUCUCUCAAAAGCUCUGUUUCUUAAUAUGGCAUUAAAAAACCCUAACAUGGUGUCGCCGCCUUUGCUAUUUCCAGAAAAAAGGAACGUGACGGGCACGGCGCAAUUACCUAUUGCUUUUGAAUUCGAGCUGUGAGUUUUGCGAGAUUUUGAAGUUCCAGAGUCAGAAGGAUGGCAGAUGGCUCGGGCUUUUUGGAGCUUUUGUUUGGCAAGAAUUAGCAUGCCUAGUAAAAAAAAUUGACUUUGGAGGUUUUUUCAGAAAUUUUCAAUUUGAAUCGUUUUUAGCAGGUGGUGUUUAGCUAGAUAGAUUGCCCUUUUCUUUAUUGCAAAUGGCAGAUGAUGGCUUGAAGAUUGGUGGGCUUUCAUCUGGCUUAGCUGUAAUAUUAAAUGGUGACGACGGGAAGGAUAAUUCGUCGAAAUCCCAUUUGGUUUCAUGUUAUGAUGAUAUUGGUGAUCAACCCGUGGAGAGAGCUCUUGAAUUCAUUUUUGGUCUCCCCAACAAAUCGCUUGGUCCAUUGACUAGUCCUGUUGGCAGCAAUUUAAUCUGCUGUAUCAUCAAGAAUCAAUUCUUGAAAUUUCAUGUGAAUUCUGAUACUUUGGCUAGCAAAAGGGAGGGGAUUUGUUUUCCGGACAAUGGUUGUGGACCUCACAAAGUUGGGCUUGAAGAAUUGAGCAUUUGUGGCGACAUUAGAAUUGUUAAACCCCCUUUGCUUCUAGAGAGUUUAGCAAUGUUCAGUAGUACCAGGGCUAAUGCUUGUGUUUGGAAAGGAAAAUGGAUGUAUGAAGUUAUAUUAGAAACUUCUGGUGUACAACAGCUUGGAUGGGCAACUCUAUCUUGCCCUUUCACUGACCAUAAGGGUGUAGGCGAUGCAGAUGAUUCUUAUGCAUUUGAUGGGAAAAGGGUUAGAAAGUGGAAUAAAGAGGCUGAGCCAUAUGGCCAGUCAUGGGUUGUUGGUGAUGUCAUAGGGUGUUGUAUUGAUCUGGAUCAUGAUGAGAUAUUGUUUUACAGAAAUGGUGUAUCCCUUGGGGUUGCCUUUCGUGGUAUUCGCAAGAUGGGACCUAGUUUUGGGUAUUACCCUGCUAUCUCUCUUUCUCAAGGUGAGCGCUGUGAAUUAAAUUUUGGAGCUCGACCCUUUAAAUAUCCCAUUCAAGGCUUCCUUCCCCUUCAGGAACCUCCCACUGCAAACCUUUUGGCUGCUCAGUUGCUUAGAUGCUUAUCAAGGUUGUUGGAUAUGCACUCUAUGGAGCGGGCUGAUAGUUCUGUAGUUGGUAGAUUAAGAAGGUUGAAGAGGUUUGUGUCUCUUGAAGAGCUAUUUUAUCCUGUCUGUCGAGGGAUUUGUGAGGAAUUUUUCUGUCUACUUGAGUCUGAUGAAGGGAGCAGAGAGUAUGUAGCAUGGGGUCCGCUUCUGUCAUUUAUGAUGGAGGUCUUCAGAGUGCAGCCACCACAUGGCUAUUUGAGCUUGGAUAAAUUUAUUGAUGUGUUUCUAGAGUUUCAAGGAUCACGUCUGAUGUUUGAGUACAUUAUCAAUGCCCUUUCAUGUGGCUGCAAAACAGCAUCCUUGAUUUUAACUGAAUGCCCAUACUCAGGAUCUUAUUCUUGUCUUUCAUUGGCAUGUCACAUCUUCAGGCGGACAGAACUAAUGGUGCUCUGGUGGAAGUUGCCAGAUUUUGAAUUCUUGUUUGAAGGUUUUCUAUCACAAAAGAGUCCAAGCAAGCAGGACCUUCAUUGCUUGAUGCCUUCUGUUUGGUGGCCUGGUUCGUGUGAGGAUGUUUCGUAUGAAUCUAGUAUGUUGUUGACAACUACAGCCUUAUCUGAAGCAGUCAGCAAGAUUGAGGAGAAGCAUAGGGACCUAUGUUUUCUGGUCAUACAGUUUGUUCCACCUACAACACCUCCUCAGUUACCUGGUUCAGUGUUUAGGACAAUUUUACAGAAUCUUUUAUUGAAGAAUAGAGGCGCAGAUCGCAAUGUCCCUCCUCCUGGAGUUUCAAGCAACUCUGUUCUUGUUUCGAUGUACACAGUUAUACUUCAUUUUCUAUCUGAAGGAUUUGCUAUGAGGGAGAUCUGUGGCUGGUUGAAGAGCUGUGAAACAAAUAAUCAUCUUGGAUUUCUUCAUAGAGGUGGUAAACAGAGUUUCCCUGUAGAUUUGUUUCUGAAAAAUGAAUCUUAUCGAACUGACAUUUCUAGACUUGGGGGAUCAUUUAGUCAUCUAUCAAAAUCUCAUCCUGUAUAUGAUCAAGAAAUGGAAGUAAUUCGGUGGGAAGAAGGUUGUAUGGAUGAUGAAGAAACCCGAGUAACACACAAUACCACGCAGAAACCAUGUUGUUGUUCAAGUUAUGAUGUAGAAUUGUCAAAAAUGUCAAAACAUCAAAUUAGAUACACAGCUAAAGGUUCUCGUGUCCAUUGCACGCCUAUUCCAGACAGGUCUGCUCAUGUUGCUGCAGAAUGUAGUGCAGGAAGUUUGAAUGAUGAGAUUGCAGACAAGCCUAGUACCAGCGAUCAAUCUGAAUCAGAGUUUGGUUAUCGCCCUAUGCUGGAUAUGAGGAUUUUGCCAAGGGAGCAUGAUAUCUCUUCAGCUAUACUGAGAGAGGAAGAACUUCUAGACAUUUUACUGUUGUUGUAUCACAUAGGUGUGGCACCAAAUUUUAAACAGGCAUCAUAUUAUAUGUCUCAUCAAUCACAAUCGAUAUCACUCUUGGAAGAAACUGAUAAGCAGAUAAGAGAAAGAGGUUCUAGUGACCAACUAAGACGUCUGAAGGAAGUUCGUAAUGAUUAUCGAGAAGAAGUUAUGGAUUGUGUCAGACAUUGUGCAUGGUAUCGCAUCUCCCUUUUCUCUCGUUGGAAGCAAAGAGGAAUGUAUGCAACAUGCAUGUGGAUAGUCCAACUACUUCUGGUUCUUAGCAAAGUGGAUUCUUUAUUCAUUUAUAUUCCAGAAUAUUAUCUUGAAACUCUGGUUGACUGUUUUCAUGUUUUGCGAAAGAGUGAUCCUCCAUUUGUUCCUUCUUCAAUAUUUAUUAAGCAAGGACUUGCCUCAUUUGUCACUUUUGUGGUUACCCACUUCAAUGAUCCAAGGAUAUUGAGUGCAGAUCUAAAGGAUCUCCUUCUCCAAUCUGUAUCAGUCUUGGUACAGUAUAAGGAAUAUUUGGCAGUUUUUGAAAGCAAUGAAGCAGCCAGACAAAGAAUGCCAAAAGCAUUACUGUCAGCUUUUGAUAACCGAUCUUGGAUUCCAGUCACCAACAUCCUUCUGCGGUUGUGCAAAGCUUCUUGCUUUGGUUAUUCCAAGCAUGGAGAAUCAUCAUCUUCUUCAUCAGUUGUUUUCCAGAAUUUGUUGCGAGAAGCUUGUAUCAAUGACGAAAAAUUGUUCUCUGCCUUUCUGAAUCGCCUAUUUAAUACCCUUAGCUGGACAAUGACUGAAUUCUCUGUUUCUAUUCGGGAAAUGCAAGAAACAUACCAGGUACUGGAAUUUCAGCAAAGAAAAUGCUGUGUAAUAUUUGAUCUCUCAUGCAACCUUGCCAAGCUCCUGGAGUUCUGUACCCAUGAGAUUCCCCAAGCAUUCCUAUCAGGAACUGAUACAAACCUCCGGAGGUUAACUGAAUUAGUUGUUUUUAUUCUCAACCACAUAACCUCAGCUGCAGAUGCUGAGUUUUUUGACUUGUCACUUAGGCGACAUGGUCAAUCAUUGGAAAAAGUAAAUCGAGGCAUGAUAUUAGCACCUCUUAUGGGGAUAAUUUUGAAUUUGUUGGAUGCAAGUAUGAAGACAGAAUUUAUAGAGCAGAAUGAUGUUGUGGGUACUUUUGCAAGCAUGGACUGUCCUGAUACCAUGCACUGUGGAUUCCAGUAUCUGUUGGAGUAUAACUGGCAGGCUGGAUCAUUCAGAGGGGACGCUUAUAUUGGGAGACUCGGGCAACUUGAGAAUUUCUUGAGCCUCCUUCUAAGUCAAAUUGAAGCACAACAAAUUGAAAGGAUGAGAUGUGAAGGGGGAGAAACAGAUGCAGAUGAUGGCACCUGCUGCAUUUGUUACACGUGUGAAGCAAAUGCACAAUUUGUCCCCUGUUCCCAUAGGUCUUGCUAUGGAUGCAUAAGAAGACAUCUUUUAAAUUGCCAUAGAUGUUUCUUUUGCAAUGCAACAGUAUCGGAUGUUAUUAAGAUCAAUGAUUAGAGAAUCUGAGAUUUUUGGUCUUCCGUAUUGUUGUUGCCCCGGAAUGUCAUAUUUAUCUUGUGACUGCUGACUGCUACUACAUGUGGCUAUUGAGAGAUCCUAUUUUCUGGUUGCCAGAACAGUCUGUCAUGGCCUUGUUCUGGUUAUCGACUCGUCAGUACUUGCUGCAGAGGCUGGGGGCUUUGGAAUCCUUUGGUUUGUGAACCAAUGGAGCAGAAAAACUGAAACUGAAACAAAAGGAAAAGAAAUGAGAAAUUAGGUUAUAAGUUAAUGGAAAGAUGACGCAAUUAGGAAUUAUUAUACGAUUAUAUAUAUGCUUGUAUAUUGGCGCGAGGUUGGAAAGAAAAAUUCUCACAGGUUGAUUUAAGAAUUUUGUAGGGGAAAUUGAGGGCAUUAUUCUGUAAAUAUGAGAUGUAAAUGGCAAUGAAAAUCUGUUCGUCUAUCUGGGUUUAUGUUGUAUUAAAAUAUCUUUUUUUUUU